GCCGCCUGCUGCGAGGUGAGUGUGGGGCUGCAGGCGGCGGGGGCGGUGCCCCGGCGGGUAGCUGUGGGUGCUGUGGGGAUGGGUCUCCCGCACUUGCAGGAGUGGGUAGAACGGCGGCCCGCGGUCCUCCCCCGCCCCUCCUCGACUCCCACUUUGGACUUGGUGGCCGAAUACGUUCCAUCCCGUGGAAGGCGAAGCCGGAUUACCGUCACAACCUCGGAGCCCCGAGCAUUUAGCAUUUUGUUCGGGGAAGAUACUACUGACCUUUUGGGAAGAUAUGUCGGAGCAGCCAGGGGGUGGAAUAUUGGCAGGAGUGAAGCGGCUUGAGGUGAUAUCACUAGUGUUUUAACAUGUUGAAGUCGUACAGGGGCUCUUAGCUAUAUGCAUUUCAAGUAUGGACCGUAUGCCUCCUGACUCCUAACAUAGGGUCGUGAAUCAGGGUUCAGUGAGAGUGCAGAAAAAGCAGAGCCCUCCCAGACACCGGGGAGCAGAACCAGCCCGGCUUUUGAAGGGCACUGUCUCCUGGAGCUGUGCGUUCCAAAAGCUCCAGGCCUUCUCUGAGAGGGAGAGCAGGUAAUGGCAGCCAUGCUCCUGACAGCCUGGCCCCAGGGCCUGAGCCAUGGAACUGGCCCUAGGGCAGCAGGAACCUGUUGUUUCAGAAGUCGGUGACCUUCGAGGACGUGGCUGUGUACUUCACUCAGACGGAAUGGAAUGGCCUGUCCCCUGCACAGAGGGCCCUGUACAGGGAUGUGAUGCUGGAGAAUUAUGGAAAUGUGGCCUCCCUGGGAUUUUCACUUCUCAAACCUGCUGUGAUAUCGCAACUGGAGGGAGCAGGUCAGCUGGGGGACCCAUCUCCACUGGUGGCUGGAACAGAAAUAUGCUCCCAGGGUGUCUGGACUGUAGAUAUUGAGAGCCAGACUGACAAUAACUUGACAAAGGAAAUAUAUAAAGAAAAACAUAAUACAUCAUUUGAACUUCAGAGGGACUUUUUCCAGGAAACAGACUUUUCAGAAGCCUGUAUUCUAGAGAAACAGCAGGAAGUCCAUUUAGUAGGAAGCAUGAAGAAAGAAAACAGCAGCAUCAUUGAUGCAACGGUGAAAGACAACACCAGCCCCGUGGAGGAAUGUUUCUUUAGUCAGAGUCCAAACUUCUUUCAUUGUCACACCGUCACCACUGGACAGCAGCCCCUUGAACAUAUGGGAUUGGAGAAAGGCUUCAGCUUUGAUACAAAACUUAUUCAGCAUGAACUAAUUAAUUCUGGGGAAAGAACUUUUAAAUGUGAAGAAUUAGUGGAAACCUUCAGGUGUAACUCUCAGCAUCAAAACAGCUACACUGGGGGAAAGCCCUAUCAGUGUAAGGAGUGUGGCAAAGCCUUUAGUGUUAAUGCAAAAUUAAUUUGGCAUCAAAGACUUCAUAGCGGGGAGAAGCCCUUCAAAUGUGUGGAGUGUGGGAAAAGCUUCAGUUACAGUUCCCAUUAUAUCACACAUCAGACCACCCACAGCGGGGAGAAGCCCUAUCAGUGUAAGGUGUGUGGGAAAGCCUUCAGCGUUAAUGGGAGUCUGAACAGGCAUCAGAGAAUCCAUACAGGGGAGAAGCCCUAUCAGUGCAAGGAGUGUGGAAACGGCUUCAGCUGCAGUUCCGCAUAUAUCACACAUCAGAGAGUCCACACUGGGGAGAAGCCUUACGAGUGCACGGACUGUGGGAAAGCUUUCAAUGUUAAUGCCAAAUUAAUUCAACACCAGAGAAUCCACACUGGAGAGAAACCUUAUGAAUGUAAUGAGUGUGGGAAAGGCUUCAGGUGCAGUUCCCAGCUUAGGCAGCAUCAGAGCAUCCACACUGGGGAGAAGCCUUAUCAGUGUAAGGAGUGUGGAAAAGCCUUCAGUAAUAAUGCAAAACUCAUUCAGCAUCAAAGAAUCCACACAGGUGAGAAACCCUAUGAGUGUACUGAAUGUGGAAAAGCCUUUAGUGUCAAAGGGAAGUUAAUCCAGCACCAGAGAAUCCACACGGGUGAGAAACCCUAUGGUUGUAACGAGUGUGGGAAAGCCUUCAGGUGUAACUCUCAGCUGCGGCAGCAUCUGAGAAUCCACACCGGGGAGAAGCCUUAUGAGUGUAAUGAGUGUGGAAAGGCCUUCAACGUUAAUGCAAAACUAAUGCAACAUCAGAGGAUUCACACUGGGGAGAAACCCUUUGAAUGUAAUGAGUGUGGGAAAUGCUUUACUUCUAAAAGAAACCUACUUGAUCAUCAUCGAAUCCAUACUGGAGAAAAGCCUUAUCAAUGUAAGGAAUGUGGGAAAGCCUUCACUAUCAAUGCCAAACUAACUAGGCAUCAGAGAAUACACACUGGGGAGAAACCUUUCAAAUGUAUGGAAUGUGAAAAAGCAUUUAGCUGUAGUUCUGAUUAUAUUGUACAUCAGAGGAUCCAUACUGGAGAGAAACCCUUUCAAUGUAAGGAGUGUGGAAAAGCCUUCCAUGUUAAUGCCCAUUUAAUUCGGCAUCAGAGAAGCCACACUGGGGAGAAACCCUUUAGAUGUGUGGAGUGUGGAAAAGGGUUCAGCUAUAGUUCUGAUUGUAUAAUACAUCAGACUGUCCAUACUUGGAAGAAACCCUUCGUGUGUAAUGUGUGUGGGAAAGCCUUCAGGUUUAGCUUCCAACUUAGUCAGCAUCAAAGUGUCCAUGGUGAAGGCAAAUCUUAAUGAGGAGGACGUGGCAGAAAACUCUCAAGGUUAAUGAAAUGGAUCAAGUAUCAUCAGAUUCCCCCUGGUAGAAAACCCUGAGAGGGAAAUGAAUGGGGCAUCUUCACAUGGAAACAAAUCUUUUCCAUCUUUUAAAAUCAAGAAUGAGGACUGGUUAAAAAGUAACAUCCAAAAUGAUAGCUUGUUCUAUACCAACAACCAAUUAGAAAGUAUAAUGAAAGAAAGGAUCCCAUUCCCAACAGCAUCAAGAAAAGUGGAUUUUCUUGGGAUAAACUUAAUUAUUAUACACAGGUCUAUGGAGAAGUAAAUCUCCAGUAAGGGCCACAAAAGGAAAAAUUAAUGGGGGAGAGAGAGAAACCUUGUUCUUAGCCAGGAAAACUCAAGAUAUUCACUCUACCUAAAUUUACUUCCCUUUGACAACAAGCAUGUAUCACUUUUGUAAAGAGGAUGAACAAUAAAAAUUUCCUUAGAAAAGA